UUCCGUGUCAGUCAAUAGCGCUGCAUCGGGCUUGCGCACCGGACUUGAUUCGGCUCUUUCCAGCCGCCCCGCCGCCGAAGUUCGCCUCCUUCGCCUUUUUCGAGUUUCGGGCUUAACCUCAUUCGCGUAAGUGUCUGUCCGUCUGCUGCAAGUCUAGACCGACGACGGCUCGAUGUUCACGAGACCCUUCCUGGCUCGAUUCCUUGAGACGCCGAAUCGUAUCAAUCCUAAACUGUCUCGCCUAUUAGGUUAAUGGCAAUUUUAAUUUCAUCCACUCCGGAUUUAAUUAGUUUCGACUGUUCUAACCGGGACGGAAGCUCUGGAACAUCUCGGACGACUUUCGGCUGAUCUGGCGGAAUUCAUUCACAUCGGAUCAAGGACGAAGAUAGAGAAAAACAAACUGUGUUUCGGUGUAACCAAUGGGCGUGGUGUUGCCUCCCUGUCUGAGGGAUGACAUCAAAUUUUAAAACUGAUCGAAAAACUUCUUUUGACAAGGGACGAGCUUCGACCUGAGAAAACAUGUAACAGAGCUUUCUCGUCACAAUCAAGCAAAGGUGAUCCCUCUUCAGUAAGGAUUGCAACAACUUCACAAUAAAAAAAAGAUCAAAAUGACGGAGCUACGAUUCGUUUUAAUAAAGCUGGCUUUAAUAUGUGCUCAUUUCGUCACGACUCACGGAGGAUGCAAGUUUCCAGCGUCUUGGACCGGCCAGUGGUUUCAGUCUGGGAUCCACAAGCCGAACAUAGCCAUAAAUCUGACGCACAUCGAAACCAAGGGUCAAUGCGUCGAGAAAGAAGACUCAAAAUAUCUUCUGUUUGACAGGAAGGAAAAAUGUUACCGGUGCAUUGCUAUGUAUAACAAGCACACCAAUGUACUACAAUAUAAAGAAACUUUCUGUAUGGAAGAGAGCUCCUUGGAGAACCUUUGCGAUAGUAUAAACGGGGAUGCUACUCUCCUUUCAAUGUUCAGGGUCGACGCCACUGGAGUACCCUGCCCAUUCAAAUCACCUCCUUUUUCGGUCGUGUACAGUAAAGGACACGGGGAGUGUGGUGGAGAAGAAGGCGAGCCACCUUCAAGGGUUGAAUCUUGCACUGAUGAGUCAAAACUCGUAUUUAAAUUUCAGGCUUGUCCUGACAUUCCAGGAACUGAAGCUACUGUCGAAGAACUAGAGUGUCUUGGCAUGUGGAAAGAAAGUUCAAAUCACUACUUAGUGGGACGUUUGAACCACAAGAUGGCGACAACCGAUGAAGAGAGAUACAGAUGUUUUGUAUAUAGAAAAUUGGAAAACCAUGGUUAUGAAUUUUCACAAAGUGGCGAGGCAACAUGUGCUGGAAUGGUUUCAGCAUCUGAUGGAGGUUCCAGGAUGGUUAAACUUAGAAGGGAAACGGGACAUACAAGGUGUAAAUUUCCAACAUGGGUAAUACAGAGAAAUCAUUGGCAUAGCCUCGACUAUAGCCAUUUUUACCAUUUCUCACAUAAAAAUGCCUCAUUGAGAGUCACAACUCCAUCAAGAGACACAGAGACAAAAUUGAUCUGCCACAAAAUUAUCUCGCAAAAGCAUAACGUGGCUGCAAUUGUUGUGCAUGUCGUUUCAGGAUGUGAAGGUGGUUAUAAAUGCAUGACCAUUCACAAAAGAGAUUCUCAAGUAAUACAAAUGCAAAUGUCAGAAUUACUUGUUGACAUUAAUGAUCCAACAGCUUGCUCCAGUGAAGAGCCAAGUUCUUCAUCUAACACAGUUACUUUAAUUAGCAAGCAAUCAAGUGCCAGCUUGCCUUCCAACCGCUGUCCAAUGGAAGGAAGGUACGCUCCAUUACUUUCCAACCCAAUAAUGCCAGGAGAACCUGCUGAUCAAAUCGAUCAGGAAUGUGGCCAACAGACAUCACUCGUCUCUCUUGCCAUCGGCUGCAGUCCAAUGAACGAUGUCAUGGAGUUUCACUCCAAUUGCAGAACAGUUCCUCCAACGUCUUAUUCAUGCCAUGGCAGCUGGCGAGAGAAUUUAACUACAUAUGUCGUGGGCUCACCAAUAAGCAGGCAUUCAACCGAUGCAAGGCAUUACUGCUUUGUGUUCACCCAGACAACUCCUGGAGGGCCAAUCGUACUCCAAAGGCUUGUGGAAACUUGUGCCACACCUCUCAAACAUGCAGAAUGGUCGUUCAAUCUUACUGAAAUAGGUAAGUGUACUGAGACCAGUACGGGUCAUAGGGUCAAUAGUUUACUCUGCCUUUUGCUACUGCCAUUGGCAGUUUUUCUGGUCAACAUUGCUCAUCGGUGAUAAUUCUGUCCUUCAUCCCUCAGCCAAAUUCUUCAGCAUCAGAUCAAACUACUCACCAACCGACCACAACAGAAAAAAAAGUUAUUGAAUAAUUUAAGAUGGAAAAAAAAGUAAAUUUCACUUAUGUAGUCAUUUUCAUAGGUUGAGUUUGAAUGUAUGGUAUGCAAAUUUUAGUUAGAGGCUGGUUUUGAAAUUAUUCUACCUCAAGAUUUAGGAAAUGGUGAAAAAGAGGAGAAAUUUUCUCAUUUCAAACAAGACUAUAAAAAUUAGAUAGGUGAAUUUUAUGUGAUUUUGAAUUUUCAGUUUAUGAUCAGAGUCCCAUAGGAUGAAGAUUAACUACCGGUUGAAAAAUAUUUUACAUAUUAUGAAAUAAAAACACACGCAUACUUUUAUGUAAGUGUUGUCAUUGUGAUUUUAACUUGAAUGAAAAUGCUUUCAAUGUACAAAUAAAUAUGGUUAUGUAAUAGGGGGACGGUUUUAAGUGCUAUUAUUGAUCUAGUACAAUUUAUUAAUGCCGACAAAUUUACCCGGUAUGGUUAAAUGCGAUAUAGGUUUUGAGUGCCAUGAGAAAAAAAUCUUUUUAAAAAUUAAUUAGUACUAAAAGUAAAUAAAUAAUCUGAUCCGUUUCUAUAGAACAUAAUUUAUAUUUUGAAUCAAUAAUCGAUGUUUACGAAGCUAUUUUUAUUGUGUAUCGUAUAUAUAUAUUUGUCUAUAAAAGUUAUAUCCUAUAUAGCUUAGAAUAUUUUACUGUAGUCCUAAAAUCUGUACAUAUGUGUAAUUGGGAAAAAAAUGGAACAAGCAUUAAAUUGCAUAAAUGUUUCUUAGUGUACAGAAUUUGUUUUUGAUGAAUUUAUCUGUUUUAACUGGGCUUUAAAUUGGUUAUGACUCAACUUUUUUUUCAAUAUAAAUGGUGGUCUAUAUUUAUUGCGGCUGUGAUUUGAGUUUGGUUCAUUUAAAACUGACACAACGGUUCAAUUUAAAACAUAAAUGCAUCGGCAGUAUAUUUAUUGGUAUUAUAUCAAUUUUAUUUAUUGAUCAAUAAACUGGCACUGGAGUCACCAUCUACACUCGCGUGUUUCAUUGACACUCAAUGCGUUUUGGCUUUGCGCCAUCAUCAGAGAAGAAAUCCAAAGAUGAACCGAGCGCCGGUUCGACGUGUGCAUUAUCCAGUUCUUAAACAGAUAAAUUGCGAUAAAGUGCUUCACGCAACAGAUUUUUUUCCCUGUUUACUAUAUGCACUAUUGACCAUAUUUACAAUACCAAUGAUGCUGAGUACAGGACUAUGAUUUUUUAUGGUAUUAUUUUUUUAUGUUAUACUAGAUAAUAAUGACGGAUGAGAAAAAGAAUUUAUUAAUUAAAAAAUUAGAUCCCUUUUAUUAGUACACUUAUAAGUACACCAAAACCUAAAUUGUAUAAUAGCUAAUUCAAUUUCGCUCAAAAGAAAAAAAAUAUUAUGUUGAAGUUUGUUUUAUGAUAUAUUAUUAAUAUAUAAGGAGAGAGGAAUAUAUAUACAAAAUAAAUAUAAAAAAAAUUUCAAUAACUUUAUUUUCUUAAUGGUAGUCUAGUAAUAUAAAAAGCAUUCCACUAAAUUAUAUAAUUACAUAAAACUGAUACAUUUAUGCUUUAAAAAUAGUGUUGAUAGAAUUUUUUUUUCUUUGACAAAAACCCAUUCAUUACAAGUAAAGCACCAUUACUGAUUU